AUGCGCUUCCUUUCGCUUCUUCUCCUUCUUCUACCGGCAGUCGUCCUUGGAACGCUGCUGGGGCGAACAGACGACGGCAAGACCACGGCAGUGACCUGGGACAAAUACAGUCUGUCCGUCAAUGGCAAGAGACUGUUCGUCUUCUCGGGGGAAUUCCACUACCAGCGCCUGCCCGUCCCGGAGCUGUGGCUGGACGUCUUCCAGAAGCUGAAGGCGAAUGGCUUCAACGCCGUGUCGGUCUACUUCUUCUGGAGCUUUCACAGUGCCUCUGAGGGCCACUUUGAUUUUGAAACCGGCGCCCACAACGUCCAGCGGCUGUUCGACUAUGCGAAGCAGGCUGGCCUCUACGUGAUUGCCCGGCCUGGGCCUUACUGCAAUGCGGAAACCUCUGCCGGCGGCCUGGCGCUCUGGGCAGCGAACGGCCAGCUGGGCAAGGAACGCACCAGCGACGAGCGAUACUAUAGCCGGUGGCUGCCCUGGAUGCAGGAAAUUGGCAAGAUCCUGGCGGCCAACCAGAUCACCAACGGCGGGCCGGUGAUCCUCGUGCAGCAUGAGAACGAGCUUCAGGAGACGGUGUACAGCCCAAACAACACCCUGGUGGUCUACAUGGAGCAGAUCGCGCAGGCACUCGAUGCCGCCGGGGUGGUGGUCCCCAGCACGAGCAACGAGAAGGGCAUGCGCAGCGUGAGCUGGUCGACCGACUAUCACGAUGUCGGGGGAGCCGUGAACAUCUACGGCCUCGACUCGUACCCCGGCGGCCUGUCCUGCACGGAUCCCAACGCGGGCUUCAAUCUCGUGCGGACGUACUACCAAUGGUUCCAGAACUACUCGUUCACCCAGCCCGAGUUUCUGCCCGAGUUCGAAGGUGGCUGGUUCUCCGGCUGGGGUGGUGUGUUCUACGACGGAUGCACGUCCGAAUUGUCGCCCGAGUUCGCGGACGUCUACUACAAGAACAACAUCGGGUCCCGCGUCACGAUGCAGAAUCUGUACAUGGCGUUUGGAGGCACCAACUGGGGGCACAGCGCGACGCCCGUGGUGUAUACCUCCUACGACUAUGACGCCCCGCUGCGCGAGACCCGCGAGAUCCGCGACAAGUUGAAGCAGACGAAGCUGCUGGGACUCUUUACGCGCGUGUCGUCCGACCUGCUGAAAACGGACAUGGUUGGAAAUGGCACCGGGUACACGAGUGACGACGGCAUCUACACCUGGGCGUUGCGCAACCCGGACACGCAGGCGGGGUUUUAUGUUGUUGCGCAUAAUGACAGUCCGUCACGAGCGGUGACAAAUUUUGCAAUCAAUGUCAAUACCUCUGCAGGACCCGUUUCCAUUCCGAAUGUCCAACUCGACGGUCGACAAAGCAAGAUCAUCGUGACAGACUACAGGUUUGGAAAUUCGGCCCUGCUCUUUUCCUCCGCGGAGGUUCUUACUUAUGCGAACCUCGACGUCGACGUUCUCGUUCUGUACCUCAAUGCCGGUCAGACAGGGGUCUUUGCGCUGAAAAACCCUCCACCGGGUCUGACGUAUACCGUGUACGGAAACUCCAAUUUCACAGCCUCUCGAUCCAAGAAUGGAACGACGACCUAUUCGUAUACGCAGGGAGAGGGCAUUUCCGCGGUCAAGUUCUCGAACGGAGUGCUGAUCUAUCUUCUCGACAAAUUCACCGCGUGGAACUUCUUCGCGCCUCCAACCACGUCUGACCCUGCGGUGGGCCCUGACCAACACGUCUUUGUCAUAGGACCAUAUCUGGUCCGGCAGGCUUCUAUCCAAGGCGAUACGAUCGAGAUUGUGGGUGAUAAUGCGAACACCACUUUCAUUGAGGUUUACGCUGGAGAUCCCAAGGUCAACAAUGUGCAGUGGAACGGGAAGCAUAUCAAUGUCAGACGCACACCCUAUGGAAGCUUGGUCGGGCAAGUCCCUGGAGCGGAGGACGUCGUGAUUUCGCUCCCCAAGCUUGGCCCCUGGAAGGCGCAGGACACAAUCCCGGAGAUUGAUCCCAACUACGACGAUUCUCGCUGGACGGUAUGCAACAAGACGGUUUCGGUGAACGCGAUUGCGCCGCUGUCCCUUCCGGUCCUCUACUCGGGGGACUAUGGGUAUCACGCCGGGGUGAAAGUGUACCGUGGACGGUUCGACGGGCAGAAUGUGACGGGCGCCAAUAUCACCGUCCAGAACGGUGUUGCGGCCGGGUGGUCAGCGUGGCUGAAUGGGAAAUACGUGGGAGGAUCAGCGGGCGAUGUCAACCUCGCAGCGACUUGGGCGGAGCUGCAAUUCCAGAACAGCACGCUCCGGGCCAAAGACAAUGUUCUGACGGUCGUCACCGACUAUACGGGCCACGACGAAGACAACGUCAAGCCCGCCGGGGCGCAGAAUCCGCGAGGCAUCCUGGGCGCCGUGCUGACGGGCGGAAGGAACUUCACAUCGUGGAAGAUCCAGGGCAACGCGGGCGGGGAGAAGAACAUUGACCCGACACGCGGGCCCCUGAACGAAGGAGGCCUGUACGGCGAACGCAUGGGCUGGCACUUACCGGGGUACGAGCCGCCCGCGACAGCGUCCGACAGCAGUCCUCUCGAGGGCGUGUCCGGCGCGGGCGGACAGUUCUACAUCACGACGUUCGAGCUGAACCUGGAUCCAGACCUGGACGUCCCGAUCGGUCUGCGACUGAGCGCGCCAGCAGACGUCCCCGCAGUGGUGUACGUCUUCCUGAACGGGUACCAAUUCGGGCAUUACCUGCCGCAUAUCGGACCGCAGAAUACAUUCCCCAUCCCGCCGGGCAUCAUCAACACGAACAAGAACAACAACGCGAAAAACACGCUGGCAAUCAGCCUCUGGGCGCUGACGGACAAGGGCGCCAAACUGGAUGCCGUCGAGCUGGUUGCGUAUGGUAAAUACCGGACGGGGUUCGAUCUGAGUCAUGACUGGAGCUAUCUGCAGCCGGGGUGGGUGGAUCGGAGUGAAUAUGCUUGA